CAUCGGUAAAUACUACCAGCUGCCGUCCAUUGACUGUUGAUGCUUGCGAGAAAUAUUGCGACUGCGCAUUGCUUGCCCCGUUGCUUCCCUGCUCGUCACGUUCUUCUCUGCAGAGAGUUUCGCCGUCAUUACGCCCUUUCUCGGUUUCCUGACCGUGCUCCUGGCGGCAGUAGACGUCGUCCCAGGAUCGACCCUCUGGAGAAACGUUCACGGCUGCAUCCUGAAUCAGGGGCAUUUCAAGGCUUUCCAUAUGAAGAACAGCCCUCAGUUGAGCAAUCACCGCUGUGGGAGGCCAGCCGAAGGGAGCCGUUUAGCGAUCCUGAGGAGGGCCUGAAACAGCUACUCCUCGGACAUAAUCAACUAGUGGUCACCAGACAAAUAGAGAUGCUCAACCUGUUCAUAGGGUUCGAGCAGUCAAACCGAUAUGUGAUCACGGACGAAAACGAGGUGACGCUUGGAUACAUCGCCGAGGAGCCUCGGGGUAUGCUAUCUUCUUUCGGACGACAGGUAUUCAGGACGCACAGGCCGUUUCGAGCCGUCGUCAUGGACAGCGCCGGAACUCCAAUUCUCUGGCUUCGACGGCCGUUCGCAUUCAUAAACUCGCGGAUGUUCGUCCAGAGACUGAAGAAUUACACUGAGUAUACUGUCGAUGGCGAACCUGUCCUUGACACUUUUGGCGAGGUACAACAGCGAUGGCACCUCUGGCGGAGAAGAUAUGAUCUCUUUCUCAGGGAAGACCGACGUCGUAUCCUCUCAGUAGCGACGGAACCACAGCCUGAACCAGACUCGAUAUCAUUCAAACAAUUUGCCUUGAUAGAUGAAGGUUUGUUGGCAUGGAGCUUUUACUUCAAGGAUGCUCGAGGAGAGGAGAUAGCGAGCGUGAGGCGUGCCUUUCGUGGACUUGGUCGUGAGAUAUUUACAGAUACAGGGCAAUAUUUCGUUCGCUUCAAUCCAACUCUGCCUGACUCUAUGGAUUUGACCGAACGGAGGCCGACUGUCAUCCGAGGUUUAAGUUUGGAGGAACGUGCACUUGUUCUAGCGAUGGCGGUCAAUAUAGAUUUUGACUACUUCUCUCGUCACUCACGAGGAGGUCCUGGCUUUGGAUUCUGGUGGUUCUCUGUCGGAGAGUGAUCAAUCAUGUCGAUCAGGUUAGCGGCUGCCAAGUGCAAUCUGUGUUCACAUUGCACGUUGCUUCCAACAGCUCGCGUUCCCGCUGUCAUUUAAACGACCGGCCCCAGUAUCGCGCUCUUUGAUCACACAUGCAGCGCGUGGUCUUCCGUCUCGUACAGGAACGAAGGGCGUUCUACCGCAUGUUCAUCACGACGGCGGGUACCGCGGAAUGCAACCAUGAGCGGUGAAAGCAAUGGGCUGCAGGAUUGUAUCAGACUUAUUGUGGCAGUGUCCCAUACUAUGAGUAGACUGGAUGGAUGUGACCCGAGCUGUAAUGUAGUGCAUAGCCAGCCUCGGUAGCUUGUCUGCCC